CUCUUGUAAAAAAGUUGGACUUGCAAAAAGCGCUGCCCAUCAGCGCAACAACCAAGAAUGCAGCGUUCGAUGACCCGCACCAUCCGACGCGUCGUGUGUCUCCUUGCCAUGACGGUGUCAGCCUUCCAAGGGCCGCCGAGCCUGCCAGCCUUUGGUUUGCUGCACUCCCAACGACCGCAGCGGUCGCGAACUCCAGUGGAUCUCGGCGCAGCGACUGCGGUUGCGACGCCGACCCCAGUCUCGAACGGCGCACGCGCUGGCGCCAGCCAGUUUUCGCGCAAGAUCGCUCCGACGCUGCCGACGCGGCCCUCGAUACGACGGCGCCCCAGGGUGCGCCGAGCGGACGAGUCCAUGCAAGUCGCUGCGACGCCGAAGAGCGUCGCCCCAGCCCGUCACAGAUACCGAGACGUCGCCGCCGCGCCGACGCACGAAUUGCUGGCGCGAUGGCGCCACCAGGCCGUGAACGCCCUCUGCUACGCGCGGAUUGCGGUCGUGACCGGAGUAGUCUCGCUGGUGCACGCCGUCGCCGCGCCGCUCCACAAACAACUGGGCUGCAACCACUUCGCGACCGCGUCGCUCGACCACUGCAUCCAGCUCUCGCGCCUCUUCCUCGGCCUCGCGCGGAAGCAAAAAGACGCGCGCACGUGCCUCGCCAAACCGGUGUGGUGGCAGGUCGCGCCGCACGGCAGAUGCUACGCCGACGGCGGGGAAUGCUUUUUGUAUUGAGGGACUUCUACCACGCGAUGGCCGAAUGGAAUCCUCGAACGUGAUCUACCCCCUAUACGCCAUCGGCGCAAUGUUGUGAGCGCAGUAGCCGCAAGUAACGAAAGAUUUUUACACCAAUAAGUGGGGAGGGAGUCUAGGGC